UGACAAAAUCAAAAUAGUUUUGUCACAUGAGUGACAUGACAGUUUAGAUAUUUCUUAAAAUAAAAUUUAAGAUGAGUGAAACUGCUACAAAAAACGGUACAAACAAAGAUAAUGCUGUUACACCCGCGGGCGACCAAAAUCCGGGAGGGAAUCAGGCUAAUGGAAACCCACCACCCAGACAACCUACAGGAUUAGAAUCUUUCUUUGCUAUUGCCAAAAGCCUUAUUUUAAGAGCUUUGAUUGUCUAUUUCAUAACAUCAUUCUUUCGGAAACCUCCUGCACAACCAGUUAAUGACUCUGGGGUAGCAAUACCAUCAAAAACAGCAUUAAAUCUCUUUAAAGAAGGCACACCACUGGCCCUCCAUGUGUAUUUAUCAGAGAGUGAGAUUUUAGAAGAUCUUAGUUACAAUAAUUUAUUUUGGUUCAAAAAUGGCUUGACUUAUGGUGACUGGAACUCUGGGCCUUAUAUGGAUGGUUCAUAUUCAAUAGAAAAGCCAGUGCCAAUUAGUGACAAUAUCAGAAAUAAUGGUUCACUCUAUAUCCAUGCAUUUAUUACCAGAGAUGGUGAAAGCCCUAAUCCAAAAGCACCUAAUUAUUCCAAAGACAGUUUUUCUUCUGUGUUUAAGCAACUAAAUAAGUAUAAGAAAUUAAAGAAGUCCGUUACAAAAAAUCUUUUGACAGGAGAGACAGAAAAUGAAGAACUCAAUGAUGGAAAAAUCAUCUCCCACUGGCAUCCAAAUUUUACCAUUAAUCUUGUCACUGAUCAGACAGCUUGGACUGUUGGAAGUGUGCCUGCUCCACUUGAUCAAUUCAUCAAAUUCACAUCAGAUGGUCAAUUUUACAAGCCAGUGUUGUUUGGGAAUGAUUUCUGGAACAUGGCCAGGGAUUAUAAGCCUUUAAAUGACUCCCUCACAUUGAGAAUAACAUUUCAACCACUAAGUCUGCUCAAAUGGCAAAUGUAUGCUGCUCAAAAUAUGAGACAGAUGUGGAAUUUCUUUGGGGAUCAAGAAAACCAAUCAGAUGAAGAUCAAGACACUCUCAAGGAAACACUUUUGGACACCAAUCCAUACCUUUUAGGCGUGACCAUCUUUGUAUCUUUGCUACAUUCCAUUUUUGAAAUAUUGGCUUUCAAAAAUGAUAUCCAGUUCUGGAAUAAUAGGAACUCGCUAGAAGGGUUGUCAGUUAAAUCAGUUUUCUUUGGGGUAUUUCAGUCACUCAUUGUUCUCCUCUAUGUUUUGGAUAAUGAAACCAAUACCUUGGUUAGAAUUAGUUGCUUCUUGGGGCUUGGCAUUGAACUGUGGAAAAUCAACAAAGUCGUUGAUGUAAAAUUAGAUGGUUGGAAGUUACAAUUCACCGAUAAAGGUUCCUAUGUUGAGAGUAGCACUAAACAAUAUGAUGAACUAGCAUUUAAAUAUUUGUCAUGGCUUUGCUUCCCUUUGUUGGCAGGAUACAGUGUAUAUGCACUUAUUUAUCUUGAACAUAAGGGAUGGUACUCCUUUGUUCUUGAUCUCUUGUAUGGAUACUUAUUGACCUUUGGAUUUAUUAUGAUGACACCACAAUUAUUUAUUAAUUACAAACUGAAGUCUGUAGCUCAUUUGCCAUGGAGAAUGUUAACUUAUAAAUUCUUGAAUACCUUUAUUGAUGACAUGUUUGCGUUUGUCAUAAAAAUGCCCACCAUGUAUAGAAUAGGGUGUUUCAGAGAUGAUAUUAUCUUUUUAAUAUUCCUUUAUCAAAAAUGGAUAUAUCCUGUUGAUAAGACUAGGAGAAAUGAAUUUGGAUUUUCUGGAGAAGAGGUUUCAAAAACUAUUCAAGAUAAAUCCAUAGAAAAUAAAAAAGAAGAUUAAAUCAAAUAUAUAUUACGCAUAUGAAUGUCACGUAUUAUACAUAUUAUAUUAUAUUAUAAAUAUAUUUGAGGAUAAAUGUUA